AUGGACGAAGACUUCGACUACAUCGUUCUCGGCACGGGCCUCACCGAAUGUGUCAUUUCCGGCAUCUUAUCGUCGGAGGGCAAAAAAGUGCUCCACAUCGACAAGCAGAACUUCUACGGCGGAGAAUCUGCGUCGUUGAAUCUUACCCAAUUGUACGCCAAGUUCCGUCCAACGACGGGCGCUCCGCCCGAGUUGAAAGGUCACGCACGUGACUACAUGAUUGAUUUGAUCCCCAAGUUUUUGAUGGCCAACGGUGAGUUGAGCAACAUUUUGGUCAGAACGGAUGUGACCAGGUAUGUAGAGUUCAAGCAGAUUAGCGGUAGUUAUGUGUAUCGUGGAGGAAGAAUCUCGAAGGUCCCCGCCAACGAGGUGGAGGCACUCAAGAGUUCCUUGAUGGGGAUCUUCGAGAAGCGUAGAAUGAAGCGGUUCUUGGAGUUUGUAGCUGCCUACGACGACGACGUGGCAUCCACCCAUUUGGGCUUUGAUUUGGACAAAAACACGAUGGACGAGAUCUAUACAUACCAUGGCUUGGAGCGCGGCACCAAGGAUUUCAUUGGCCAUGCUAUGGCUUUAUGGCCCAACGAUGACUAUUUGACCCAGCCAGCCAGACCCACCAUCGACCGUAUCAUUCUUUAUGUCCAAUCGGUGGCCAAAUACGGAAAGUCGCCCUACAUCUAUCCUAUGUAUGGUUUGGGCGAGUUGCCGCAGGGUUUUGCCAGAUUGUCUGCAAUCUACGGUGGCACAUUCAUGUUAGACACCCCCAUCGACGAGUUCUUGUAUACUGAUGACAAGAAGUUCGCGGGCGUGAUCACCAAGGAGGGUAAGGCUAGAGCUCCCGUGGUCAUUGCUGAUCCUACGUACUUCCCUGAGAGAGUCAAGUCGACUGGCCAGAAGGUGAUUAGAGCGCUCUGUUUCUUGGACCACCCAGUUCCAAACACCCACGACUCGGACUCGUUGCAAAUCGUCAUCCCACAGAACCAGGUGGGCCGUAAGAACGACAUCUACGUCGCUGUGUUGUCCGACGUGCAUGCCGUUGUGCCUAAGGGCUACUACCUCGCUAUCAUCUCCACCAUCAUCGAGACCACCACCCCUCACGUGGAGUUGGAGCCUGCGUUCAAGUUGCUUGGUCCAAGAGUUGACACCUUGAUGGGCAUUGCCGAGUUGUACGAGCCUCUUGAUGAGGGUCACGAGUCCAACAUCUUCAUUUCCAAGAGUUACGACGCCACAUCGCAUUUCGAAUCCGCAACCGAUGACGUCAAAGACUUAUACUUCAGAAUUACCGGUAAGCAGUUGGAUUUGAGCAAGACUGGCGCAGACGUGUUCGGCAAAGCUGACGACGAGUAA